AUGCACCGUUGCGAACGCGAUGGUGCAAUUUUAAACGUUUUCGAAUCCUCACAGUGCGGGCAGUCGCAGAACAUGGAACGAUUGGCAGAAAGAAGUCUGGAACGACAACAAGAAAAUCUGCGGGCAGUGUUAUAUCCGUUGAGGAAAAAUGAUUGGCCAAGCCGUUUGCAAUCGGAGCGCAUCGCACUGCUCAGCAUCACUGCGUCCAUCAAUGAGUUGAAGCAAAAAUUGGAAGCAAUUGUGGCGUAA